CUGGACUGUGGGCGCAUGGAUUUGGCAGAGAACGAGAACGUGCAGCUGCAGGACAGGAAUGAGAGGCUGUAUGGGCUUGGAGACCUGCAGGAGAGGACGGGGAAGCUGGCUGUCUCCAAAACAGAUUCGUCAGCCGGAAUGGUCUUCAGUGAAGAGGACAAACUGAAGAUUUCCAAAGACCUUGUUGAUCUCCAGAUUGAGGCAAACAAAAUGAAGGAACAGUAUGAGACAGAGAACUUUGAACUGAAAAAUAUGAUCCUGGCCCUGGAGAACCGGGUGCUGGAGCUGGAGCUCUGCAGUGGGAAAGUCACCGGGGAGCGGGAUGCCUUACGGGAACGUCUGCAUGCUCUGGAGAGCAGUCGGAAGGAGCUGGCGGAUGAGUAUAUCAUUUUGAAAAGCAAUUACCUGGCCCUAGGCAAAGAACUGGACCAGGAGGUCAUGAAGAAUGAAGAGCUCAGCCUAGAGCUGCUCAAUCUGGCCAACGCCAGGAGCACCCUUCCCCGCACUGAGAGCAACCACAACCACUCACCCACCACGGCCGAUGGAUCCUCUGCUGAGCUGGAAAAGGCACGAGCAGCGGUGAGCCGUCUGCCGCCUCGGAAGGCGAAGUUGCCUGGAAACCAGGAUCACAUAAAAGUGGAGUUUGAAAAACUGAAGAAAACCUAUGAUUUGCAGCAGAAGAGGCUGGAAGAGAGAGUGGUCACGAUGGGGAAGGAGCUGCAGGAGGCGAAGGCAGCGACGGGGGACACCCAGCACAAGCUGGCGGAGCAGUCGGCGGUGCUGCUCGCCUCCCAGUGCCAGCUCCAGGAGGUGGAGGCGGAGAACUCCCGGCUGCAGCUCCAGCUGAAGGAGCUGAACGAGGAAUAUCGCUCCCGGCUGACGCGGUACAUCAAGGACGUGGCGGACUACAUGGACAGCAAAUGCAGCAACGCAGCGGGGCCCAGCAAAGCCCCAGCUGAUCACACUCCCAUGAAACGCGUUGUGGACAGCAUGCUGAAGGAUAUCAGGGCUUCCUACAAGUCUCGGGAAGAGCAGCUGGCUGGCGCGGCACGUGGCUACAAGAAACGGAUGAAGAACUUGGUGAAGAAGCAUGAGAACCUGCUGAUUGCUUACGGGCUCCAGCGAGAGCAGAUCCGAUCCUUGGGCAGCAGCGCUAUGGAUUGCGGCCCUGCCGAGCUCCACUUUUCCAUCUCAGACCCAGAGCUGCUGACAAACACAACCCGGGAGCUAAACCGGCUGCGGGAGGAUAAAGCAAAACUGGAGAUGCAGUUACAGGAAUUGCAGAAGGAAAGACCAAAGGACACCUCUGGCUUCCCGCUGUCUCCCGGGCAGCAGCUGGAUGAGGAGGGCUGGGCAGAGGUCAGGCAGUGGCUCCGGGAGUUCGCACGCACCACCCAGGAGCAUUUGGAGCAGGAGAGGAGCCAGCUGCUGACUCGGGCGAUCGUGGCGGAAGAGCAGGUAUCGGAGCUGCAGGAAUACAUAGACCAGCACCUUGCAAGGUACAAGCAGGAGAUCCUCCGGCUGCGGAAGCUCGCUGCCGGCAAGGUGCCACGCGCGCUCAGCGCUGGGACGGCCGGUGCUCAUGCGCUGCCCAGAGCCAGGACCAUCAGCCACCAACCGUAGCUCUUCCCCACGGCUCCGACAAGCGGCAUGAUCAUAGGAGGGAGCAGGAUUUAAAAGGAAGGAGCUUUCUGUUGUGUGGGCUGGCCAGGGCACGUAUCCUUCCCCGGCUGAGAGCUGGGAGGCACAGCAAGGGAAACCACGUGGGUGUUCUCGGUCUCAAAUUAACGGUACUAAAAUGGGACGAGACAACUGCGUCUCGCCUAU